CACACACACACACACACACACACACUCACUCACUCACUCACUCACUCACUCACUCACACACUCACUCACUCACUCACUCACUCACUCACUCACUCACUCACUCACACACACACUCACUCACUCACUCACUCACUCACUCACUCACUCACUCACUGAUGAUGUAUAUUAUGUAUAUAUCUUUGAUUUUUUCCCCCCUUUUAAUUUGGUGAUAUGUAUUGAUUAUCCAAUGAACAGUGUUGACAUUUGAUGUGUUUAUCUCUUCUCUUUUCUUUAUUCUAACCCAAACCUCAAUGAAAUGUGUCUGUGUUCUGGAUUUUUUCUUUGAUUUACGAACUGUGUGGCUCAGAGUUCAUUGCGUCAUUUUGCCAAGGCGUGCGCUCAUUGAAACCGCCGUGAGCCGUCCACUUGACGCUGAACGUACUGUUUGGCUGUUUGCCGUCCCACGCCCGUCACUGAUCCCUUUACAGUCGCAGGGUGAUGCUCUCGGUUAAGUUGACUCGUGCGGUUUUAAGCUCAUGGUUGCGUCUGCCAAUGCCUCAGGAUGAUUUCGGGUUGAGUUCUUGUUUUUGUCUUUCUUUCUUUUUUGUUUGUUUGUUUUGUUUUGUUUACAUUUCUUGCUGGUUAUUUUGGCUUCAAGUAAUCAUUGUGUUGGUACUAAUUUUUGUCACUUGUGAACUUGUUUUGGAACUUUUUAAACUGAUUUUUGGAAUUAUGGUGGAUAAAAGCAAAAAAAAAAAAAAAAAAAAAAAAGUAAAAAAAAAGGGGAUAAUUCAUGAAGUAGAAGAAAAAAAUCUCAACUGCCUGUUCUUUGGGAAUGGAAAUUCUCCAUUUUUAUUAUAGGGUAACAUAUACAUGAACAUUUUUACAUAAAUCUUUGUUUGCUGUUAUAUCUUCUGAAUGAGGGGAAUCAUUUCCAAAUUAGUGUAAAGGGAGGAAAAAUAGUAUCAUAAACACAAACACUUUGGGGUUAAUCUUUUCCUUUUCCUAGUCUGAAAACUUGGAUUAGGUUGGAAAGGAAUGGCAGGUUUUUGUGUACAGUGACAUAACUUGUUCACCUGCAUUUUUUUUUAAAUCAAUAAGUAAAACAGAUCAUGUUCUCCUAAGUUCUGCCAGCUACCCGCCAUCCGUUAUCAGAGUUACAUCCUGUAAUUGAGAGGCUGACCAUGAGUCUCCAGCCUGACACCCCCCCUACCCCCUGUGCUAUGAGGAUUGUCUCGUCCCUCUAGUUACCUGCAGAAUCGAUGAAUGAUGGACUGGAUUGCUGGUGAUGAACAGUGUUGACGCAUCGGCCUUGCGGGGAUGGCGGGUGGCGUUAGCAGGGGGACAGCAGCUGGUGAUGAACAGUGUGGGGGCAUCAGGUCUGGCAGCCCUAGCUGGUGGAGGGGGCACAGCUGACCCCCUCAAUGUGGAUGGUGGGGGUGGGGGGGGACCUGGAGAUUCUGUCACGACACAUCUGGCUGGAACAAGCGACGAUGACGACGAUGAUAUGGCGUCGUCACCAGGGAGCUUUGAUGACGACGAAGGUUCACUUCCCUGUGUGGACGAUAUGACCGCCCAGCUAGCGGCGGCAGGUGGGUGGUCAGGUGAGAUGUCGAAUGUGUUUUUUGUUGGUGGUGGAGGGAGCCAAUACACAGGCAUGAUUGCUGCAUGAGGAAAGUCUGUACAUUUCUUGAUAUUGGCUGAGGACUUCGGUAAUAGAAAGUGGUGGUGAAUCUAUGAACUGUGCAAUAUAAAUUUAUAUUUCUACUGUUUUUACUUCUAAGUGAAAAAUGAUACUUGUUUGUGUAUAUAGUGUGGUAACAUACACACUUGCAUGAUAAAUAUAUAUCUAUAUUCCUUUAAAAUUUUUCACCACCACUAUAAAAGGUUGUGUGGUGUUGACACUGAUGUAGUUUGAUUCUAUUGUAAAACUUACAUUGCUAAUGAGGUCUUGUAGUAGCACACCACAUGACAGCAUAUAACAGCCAUUGGAGAGACUUGAUAUUACAUACUUCCCGUGUGCAGGAUCAUGCAGGCAUUGGUUAGGGUAAGGGCAAUUGAUGACUAAAAGUUAGCAUUGCAUGGUAUCAUUUCUUCACAUCUGUUCUGCAGAUGCCUCAACACAU